AUGGCUCCGAUCGAGCAAAUUUUCGCGGUCAUACUACUUGUGAUACCAACGUGCUUUGCCAUCUUGCCUCUUCCAGACCAUUUUUAUAACUCAGUGGCGGGACGUUCAACCUUUAGAUGGUCUGACGUCGAGCCAUCGAAAGAGUUGACCUACCACACCUGCUUUGAAAGUUUUCGGUGUGCCCGACUUCUGGUACCGUUGGACUGGCAAGCUCCUGAAGCAUCAAGGUACAAUCAAACUGUUGCUCUAGCAAUCAUCAAACUUCCUGCCAGAGUUUCAACCUUGAAUACCACAUAUGGCGGAGCAGUCAUCACAAAUCCCGGUGGCCCAGGGGGUUCCGGCAUUGAACACCUACUGAGCGCUGGGACCUCCUUGCAGUGGGCAGUCGACAGUGACUCGAAGCACUUUGACAUUGUCUCUUUUGACCCUAGAGGUGUCCUACAUUCUGGACCAGACGCAAGCUGCUUUCCCAGUCCCCUCACCCGCGAUUUGUGGAACAUUAAAAUCCAUGAAGAAGGAAACUUGGACAGUGGAAAUCGAGCCAUAGGCUUACAGUGGGCCAGAGCCAAAGCAUUCGGAAAAAUGUGCGCCGACGCGGAGAUAGGAGAUUAUAUGGGCAGUGCAUCCGUUGCCCGGGACAUCCUGGAGAUUGUCGAGCGAAUUCAUGAGCAUCAUCACAAAACAAUUUCAGCGGCUGAAACGGGAUUGGCCUCGGAAAGCGUCCCAGCCCAGUCGCCAUUGGUGGGCAAAGAACGUGACGAUAUCGGGACUCCUAUGCUUCAAUACCUUGGCUUCUCCUACGGAACAUUCCUUGGAAACACUUUCGCAAGCAUGUUUCCAGACCGAGUGAAGAGAAUGGUUCUUGACGGCGUAGUCGAUGCUCCGGAUUACAUGGCUCAAGGUUGGUCUACAAAUCUGCAGGAUACUGACAAAGUCAUGGAUGCGUUUUACAAAUACUGCUUUGAAGCAGGAUCCCUGUGCCCUCUGUAUGAUAGAGCCGGACCUGAAGCAAUCAAAAGCAGCUUGAGUGGAUUCCUUCAAAUGGUGCAAGAGAAUCCCAUAGUGGCUGUGGACAGCUCUGGAUCUCUUACCCCAGAUAUCCUCACGUACAGCGAUAUCAGACGUUUCAUCUUCAUGAGUCUUUACAGCCCUGUCCGCAACUUUCCUGGUUUAGCGUUCUUGCUGGAUCAAUUGCGGAAUGGAGAAUACGACCAAGCACUAAGACUCAUGGCUCUGCAGACAGACGUCCAUUGCCCCCGAGACAAUAGUACUGCUGCAUCCCAGCUGUUGGCCGAGAACGAGGCUCCCAGAGCGAUAAUGUGCGGAGAUGGAGACGACAUGUCGAAUCAAACAUUGCCAGAUUUCAAGGAAUAUUUGAGACUCCUCGAGGCUCAGAGCUCUACAGGAGGUGCAAUAUGGGCUAGCUUCAGGCUGAUUUGCACAGGAUGGCAGGUUCGAUCGAAAUGGCGAUAUACGGGUCCAUUUGGCGGGAAUACCUCGAAACCAAUCCUUUGGAUCGGAAACACUGCAGACCCAGUCACACCAAUUCGCAAUGCACAUAAGAUGGCCAAAAAUUUCCCUGGGUCCGUGGUUCUCCAGGCGGAUUCUGUGGGACAUUGCUCACUCUUCAAUCGCCCUUCCAAUUGCACAUUGGAGGUCAUCCGGCAAUACUUUAGUUCGGGAGCACUACCGGAAAUGGGCACCGUAUGUCCUGCAGAUCGAAACCCGUUCGAUAGUAACGUGUUCACCCCUCUGAAGUAUUCCGGGGACGGAAACGGACAGGUACACAUAUUGGAUUCUCUCAAGUACUUCCAGUGGAGGCGUUUUCCCCUAGGAAUAUGA